UAUCAUUUUCUUUUGAGACGAAUGAAAUUGAUAACUUCAAUUUAAACCAGCGUGACACUAUUUGCUCCGGCUAUUUUUCUUAAUUUUCCGCAUUAAUUACCUUGAAAUCCCCCAAAAAUCUCAUCAAAAAUGGUCGAUGAAUUCUUCUAUGGUUUCACAUUGAAAGGCGAAAAAGCCGAACAUCAAUGGACCGGACACAAAACUGCCGAUGACGAAGACGAGCAUGCGGGCGAAGUUUCCUCCAAACUCAUCUUGAAACGGGCUCUUUUGGGACCCGAUGCCGGCACGGAGCAAUGCGUUGUCGAAGUUGAAACGAUGUCGAUGUCGGAAAUGGUAAAAGUUCCGGUUUGCGUUUUGAAAGUUGGCGAAGAGCGUCAAGUGAAUUUGGGCGAGCUGGAGUUUUUCGAUGCUCCCGUGACAUUCCGCUUGACACACGGCAAGGGUCCCGUGCACAUUUUGGGACAACAUUUGCAACAAGACGAGGAAGAGCAAAUGGUCGAUAUGGAAGAAUUUGCCGACGACGACGAGGAAGACAGUGAGAACGAGAUUCAUGCGGAAGACAAUGGCGACGAGAAUCCCAAGAAGAAAAUGAAGUUGUCGAAGAAGAAGGGCAAAGGAGACAAAAAGUAAAUUCUUCUUGCACGCCGCCCUCCCCCAAUUAGGUUAAGUUUUGUAUGAAAAUGAGAAAUAAUUUUUACCAAACUUGUAAAUUACCACAAAACAAAACAAAAAAUGUUUACUUAAACAAAAAUUUAAUACAAUAGGUCAGGUUCCUUAAGUUAAGAGAGAUAGAUUUUUGAAUCUAACAUUUAUUGACAAGACAAAUAAUAAAAUUAAAUUAAAUUGAAGCAAAAAAAAAAAGUUUUUUUC